AUGGCCGCCCUCUUCGACGACAUCUCCGACGAGCUCAGCUCGAGCACCGCCGCGCAGAUCGGCGUGAUGAGCAAGCUCUCCACGGGCAGCACGGCCCUGGACGUCCUGCUGUGCGUGCUGCUGCCCCUGCUGCUGGGCCGGGCGCCCCAGGCGGCGGCGUGGCUGCGCAACUUCCUGGAACGAUGGCUGGUGUCGCGGCGGUUCUACUACCGUACCAUAGAGCACGUGGCCGGCGACGGCUACUACUGGAGGUACGAGAACGACACGGGCCAGAACGAGGUGCUGCAGGAGGCCGUGCUGCUGUACCUGGAGAGCAUAAGGCCCGGCCUGGCGCCGUUCUGCAACACGGGGCUCAAGCUGGUGUGCAACUGGGGCUUCGAGACGAACCCCAACAUCGAGGGCGACGGCGACGGCGAUGAUGAUGAUUCCGACGCGGACUCCGACGACUACUCGUACGCGGAGUACCUGAAGCGGUCGAAGAUCUGCACGCUGCCGCCGGAGCGCGACUGGAUCGAGGUGGAGAGGGGGCUGUGGAUGAAGAGGUUGGAGAAGGACGAAAGCGAGAAGGGGGACAAGAUAAUAAGAACGAAGAUCCGCAAGACCAUCUGGCUGAGGAGCGACGUGAGCGAGGGUGUUGAUAAAAUUGACGCUUUCAUCAACAAGGCAUAUUCGUACUACGCCAAAACAAUGGAGGAGCGCAAAACCAAUCACAGGCACCUCUACACACCCCUGUUCCGUUCCUCCUCCCCAUCCAAAAAGAAAAAGGACGAAGACGACGACGGCGAGGCGGCGCCCGCCGACAACGCCAUGCUCUUCAAGCGCUACAAGCUGAGCGACAACAAGACCUUCGCCACCUUCUUCCACCCGGAAAAGGAAGCCCUCCUGCAGCUGGUGGACAGGUUUAUGAACAGGACCGGCAAGUUCGCCAUCCCGGGCUACCCCCAAAAGCUCGGGAUCCUGCUCCACGGGCCGCCGGGCACGGGGAAGACGUCGCUGAUCAAGGCCAUCGCUCAGUACACGGACAGGAGCAUCGUGUCCGUUCCCCUCAGCCGCGUCAAGACCAACCAGGAGCUCAUCGACCUGGUGUUCGAUCAGGAGUACAAGGUGGAGGGGGAGGAGAGGGCCACGAGGCUGCCGUUCAGGAAGACGAUCUUUGUCAUGGAAGACAUUGACGCCGCCAGUGACGUCGUCCUUGACCGCGAAUCGAAAGCGCAGCCUGACAAAGAGGCGCCCAUGCUGCCCGCCCUCGCCGCAUCCGCGCUCACGAAAACCCAGCUCUCGCGCAUGCUCGAAGUCAAGGAUGACGACAAGCUCAACCUGGCCGGACUGCUCAACGUGCUGGACGGCGUCGUGGACUGCCCCGAGCGCAUUGUG